AUGAUCACACAUAAUCAUCAGGCUUUUGAGGUCUUCGCGCCUUCAUUUGCAUCCAACACAACUUUCGAGGUUGAACUUUCUGCUCGCAAUCUGCACCACAUUCAAGCACCGGCUUCUGAAACUGACACGCUAGGAUGCCUUCUAGCAGAGACUCUUCGAAUGCCGGCAAAUCAGGCUCUGCGUCAGAGCUCGUCGUCCGGUCGGCCGCUGCGUAGCAUCGCCCCCAAGCCACCUCCUCCCUCAUCUGCCGACGAAACCGGUGAGAAUGAAAAUGCCGAGACUGAGCCUACUCGAGGCGAGCCUCGAGGUGAGCCGUCUCCUCCACCGCUGUCCUUCAUCGCUUGGACACCACAUCGCCCGCCCUUGCAGCCGCAGCCGGCCGCUGACCAAGCUGACGAAGAUGAGCCCGCCAUAGAUCGACCCUCGUUGGGCAGGCCCUCGGCGCCUCUGCCCUCGUGGUCUGCUCGGUCUACUCGGCCGCUGCGUACCCUCCGCCCCAAGCCAGACACCUCGUCCUCGCCGCAGCCGGAGCCCGCGGAGCCAACAACGCACUACGAGUUGCUUUCGAGACGUCUGCUGUCGCCUUCGCGUACUGCCGUCUCGGCUCCAAGUCCCGUCGUGGCUCCGACUCCAAGCAUUAUCAGUCCGGCCAGCGCUCCGACUUCAAAAACCGCCAGUCCCAUCGCUCAAGCCUCUCCUCCCCUUGCCGUCCACCACCCCUUCUGGGGUCCUGGCGCGGCCGAGGUUCUCCCCUGCGACGAGUCGGGCACCAUCCGCGACGCCUACAAGCGCGCGCGCAUUCGAGAGGUCGAGCUCCUCCAAGGCCGCGCCCGUGCGCCGUACUGGACCGUCCGGCACAUCCAGGAAGUCUGCGCCGACGUCCACCGCAUGCCGGCCUCGGCCCGCGCCGGCUUCGGCGAUCUGCACAAGCAGCUGCGUGAGCUCUACGACUUCCACGCGCACGUCAUGGGCCUGUACGCGCCGCCGUGGGCGCACCCAGAUGACGUGGUGGCCGUGGAAGGGGCCGGCCUCGAGACCAUGCUGCCGCGGGUGCUGCGCGACUUCGUCCUCGGCAUGAGCGAGCACCUGCUGGGGGUGUGGCGGCCGUUUUCGCGCGAACGGGUCGAUUGGAACGUCCACUCAAAGCACAGCUUCCUCGAAGACUUUAGCUGCUUCCUGCAAUUCCACAACAAGUUUUACGGGCAGCGAGUCAUCCUGAUGCAGGCGCCAGCAGCGCCUGGGUGGUCGGAGCAGGGCAGUUUGCGGUUCUAUGACAAUAUCCGGUUUCGUGGAUACCUAGAGAGGGAGGAGACUGGACUGACAAAAUAUGAGACGGAGCGCAAGUCUUUCGUGGACUGUUUUUGGGAUACCUAG